UCAAAUCCCAAAGCAAGUAAGAAGUGGUGCUAGAACUGGAGCCAAGAUCUUCUAAUUCAUUUUCAGGCUUUCAGUCCAGCGUAAAGCUGUUGGAGCAAGGGAGCAAAGGUAAAGAAUGAUGUAAUGUGCUGGCUGCCCCAAAGCAUCUUUUGUUGUGGAAUGGUUAUUCCAGUCAUCUCUUUAUGAAUCAAAUGUGAGGAGCUGCUUUGUGGAAGGAGUCCUUUGCAAGAGCACAUCAACGGGAAAGAGAAAGAGACAUUCACUUGGAGGGCUCUUGCUGAAAAUGGGUUUAACUCUCCUUUUGCCAGUCACCACCAGCCUGACCUCAUACAUUUUUAGUACAAUAGAGUGGCUGAGCCUUUGAGCACACCACCAUUACAUCAUCGUGGCAAAUUAAAGGAGGAGGUGGAAAAAGAGGACUUAUUGUUGUCAUGGCCCAUGAGAUGAUUGGAACUCAAAUUGUUACUGAGAGGCUGGUGGCUCUGCUGGAAAGUGGAACGGAAAAAGUGCUGCUAAUUGAUAGCCGGCCGUUUGUGGAAUACAAUACAUCCCACAUUUUGGAAGCCAUUAAUAUCAACUGCUCCAAGCUUAUGAAACGAAGGUUGCAGCAGGACAAAGUGUUAAUUACAGAACUCAUCCAGCAUUCGGCAAAACAUAAGGUUGACAUUGAUUGCAGUCAGAAGGUUGUAGUUUACGAUCAAAGCUCCCAAGAUGUUGCCUCUCUGUCCUCAGACUGUUUUCUCACUGUACUUCUGGAUAAACUGGAGAAGAGCUUCAAUUCUGUUCACCUGCUUGCAGGUGGGUUUGCUGAGUUCUCUCGUUGUUUCCCUGGCCUCUGUGAAGGAAAAUCCACUCUAGUCCCUACCUGCAUUUCCCAGCCUUGCUUACCUGUUGCCAACAUUGGGCCAACCCGAAUUCUUCCCAAUCUUUAUCUUGGCUGCCAGCGAGAUGUCCUCAACAAGGAGCUGAUGCAACAGAAUGGGAUUGGUUAUGUGUUAAAUGCCAGCAAUACCUGUCCAAAGCCUGACUUUAUCCCUGAGUCUCAUUUCCUGCGAGUGCCUGUGAAUGAUAGCUUUUGUGAGAAAAUUUUGCCGUGGUUGGACAAAUCAGUAGAUUUUAUUGAGAAAGCAAAAGCCUCAAAUGGCUGUGUCCUCGUGCACUGCUUAGCUGGGAUCUCCCGCUCCGCCACCAUCGCUAUCGCCUACAUCAUGAAGAGGAUGGACAUGUCCUUAGAUGAAGCUUACAGAUUUGUGAAAGAAAAAAGACCAACUAUAUCUCCAAAUUUCAAUUUUCUGGGCCAACUCCUAGACUAUGAGAAGAAGAUUAAGAACCAGACUGGAGCAUCAGGGCCAAAAAGCAAACUCAAGCUGCUGCACCUGGAGAAGCCAAAUGAACCUGUCCCUGCAGUCUCAGAGGGUGGACAGAAAAGCGAAAUGUCCUUUAGUCCACCCUGUGCCAACUCUGCUACCUCAGAGGCAGCAGGGCAAAGGCCUGUGCAUCCUGCCAGUGUGCCCAGCAUGCAGCCAUCACUGUUAGAGGACAGCCCCCUGGUACAGGCGCUCAAUGGGCUCCACCUGUCCUCAGACAAGCUGGAAGACAGCAAUAAGCUCAAGCGUUCCUUCUCUCUGGAUAUUAAAUCAGUUUCAUAUUCAGCCAGUAUGACAGCAUCCUUACAUGGCUUCUCCUCGUCAGAGGAUGCUUUGGAAUACUACAAACCUUCCACUGCUCUGGAUGGGACCAACAAGCUAUGCCAGUUCUCCCCAGUUCAGGAAGUAUCAGAGCAGACUCCAGAAACCAGCCCAGAUAAGGAGGAAGCCAACAUCCCCAAGAAGCCCCAGACCACCAGGCCUUCAGAUAGCCAGAGCAAGCGACCACACUCAGUCAGAACCAGCAGCGGUGGCGCCAACCAAAGGUCCUUCUUAUCUCCAUUGCAUCGGAGUGGCAGCGUGGAAGACAAUUACCACACCAACUUCCUUUUUGGCCUUUCCACCAGCCAGCAGCACCUCACGAAGUCUGCUGCUGGGCUGGGUCUCAAGGGCUGGCACUCAGAUAUCCUGGCUCCCCAGACCUCUACCCCUUCCUUGACCAAUAGUUGGUAUUUUGCCACGGACUCCUCUCAUUUCUACUCUGCCUCGGCCAUCUACGGAGGCAGUGCCAGUUACUCUGCCUACAGCUGCAGCCAGCUGCCCACGUGCAGCGACCAAGUCUAUUCUGUGCGCAGGCGGCAGAAGCCAAGUGACAGAGCUGACUCGCGGCGGAGCUGGCACGAGGAGAGCCCCUUUGAAAAGCAGUUUAAACGCAGAAGCUGCCAAAUGGAGUUUGGAGAGAGCAUCAUGUCGGAGAACAGGUCGCGAGAAGAACUGGGGAAAGUGGGCAGUCAGUCCAGCUUCUCCGGCAGCAUGGAAAUCAUUGAGGUCUCCUGAGAAGAAAGAUUCUCAUGGCUUCUGCUGACAGUUCUUUUCUUGUUCACAAAAAAAUAUUCCCUGUAAAUCUGAAAUAUAUAUAUAUGUACAUACAUAUAUAUUUUUGGAAAAUGGAGCUAUGGUGUAAAAACAAAAGAUGGAUCAACACACUUGUCCUCUCAACAUCUGCAUUUGAGAGAUCAGUUAAUAUUUCCCUCAACAAAAGUGGAAGGGCCAAUGCUAGAAUUGCUCCUAGGUGGAGGAAACAAUUUUGUUCAUUGAACAGUAUAUCCUCUUGUUAUAAAAGCAAGUUUAUUUGGUGUUAGAGGACAAAAUCCCCUACCAUUUUCAUAUUGUGCUACAAAGAGAUCUCAAAUAUUAGUCUUUGUCCAGUCCCUUCCAUAGUGCACCUUAGUGCUGAGACUGAGCCAGCGUGUGGGUCGGAUGGGCAGACCCUGUUAGGGACAGAACCUAAUGGUAAAUCCAAGAGAAACGAUCAUUUCCCAAGCUGAUUCACAAAUCCAAGCUCACCCGACAGCUGAGUGGUGUGAGCAUCAUUCUGCUGGACGGACCGUUAGGGACCUGGCCAAGAUCUACUUUAGAACAAACUUUAGUACCUCAGACAGGAGAGUCGGGGCUUUCACCACUACCGUGUCUGGUAGACCGUUUUCUAGGCUUGAAUAGGUGAGUAAGUAGGUAGCAAGUCACACUUUCCAGACCAAUUCAAACUGUCUCUGCACAAAAUUCCAGUUGGGCCUGGAUGGGGCUAUGUUUUUUCUUCUCAACCUUAUGAAGAAAAAGAAGGGAACCACCUAGGCCUCAACAACAGCCAGGAACAUGGCAGCAAUAUGAUUUAAGCUAAGGUUGGGAGGCUAAACAAGCCUGCCUCCUCCUUUAUAAAUCAAAGAAUUGCUUAAGAUGGGAAUGUUCAAUCCUUUAAAUAAAGGUUAACUGGGU